ACAUCAUUACAGUCCAUUCUUAUCUCAUAACAGCCAGAAGACAUAACAUAACAAACACUCCCCCUGACGCUGUGAAACUGUACUGAAGCAGUUCGUGGUUUUCCCAGAGACGCAGUUUGGCUGAGCGCAGCGCAGCGCACCGCGGAGCGCGCAGCUUCGGACGCACCUGAACAGCCGGAGCGGUGUGACCACCAGUGAGCUGGAAACAGCUUUUUCACCUGCUCUGAGCCACACACACACAAUGCUCUGCAACAUCUGCCACGUCGUCUUUAAAGAAGAGAGGAAGAGUCUGAACGGAGUCUUUGUUGAUGUGGAGUAACAUGUCUACCUCUUUGGCGUCUCUCAUGGACCAAAUGAUUCGUUUGGGACUUAAAUCCGCCGACGUUUAAACGCGCUUUAUGUUGCAAACCUUAAGAAAACCGCAUGUAAGCGCUGCAAAAAAAAACUCAUUGUACUACAAUGUACCAGAGCAUCUGCGUGGAAAACUUAAAGGCAUGCUGCAUAUUGAGCGGUGCGAACCUGCGAGCGAGCUGAAACAGAUGGACAGGAGCUCAACAACACACUGGAGACAUGCUGUAUUACUGAAUGGGUGACAAACUCCCAGUCACCUUAAAUACCCUGUGAAGCCCUUUCCAUCGCAUUGUGCAGGACAGGGUCCCCCAGCAAAGUGGCAGUCAUGUACCAGGAGGUGGCCUUUCUGGCAGGCAGCACCGAACACCAGUUUACCACCUUCCACUUCAACCCUGUGGAGAACCCGCAGGAGGUCACCUCCAAGAAGGGCCUGUUCUACAAGCGAGCCCAGCUCCUCCUCCAGCCUCAGCCUCGCCAACAAGAUGGAGAUGAGAUUGGCCUGGCUGAUGGGGCGGCCAUUAUUAACGUGGGGGGGAUCAAGUACCGCAUCCCCUGGUCCACGCUGGAGGAGUUUCCCCUGACAAGACUGGGCAAGCUGCGCAGCUGCAGCAACGAAGCUGAGAUCAUGGACGUAUGCGACGACUAUGACGGCAGCCGCAAUGAGUAUUUCUUCGACCGAAGUCCAUCGGCUUUCCGUACAAUCGUCACUUUCUUGGCAGCGGGGAAGCUGCGGCUCCUGAGGGAAAUGUGCGCCCUUUCCUUCCAAGAGGAGCUGCUGUACUGGGGCGUGGAGGAGAACAACCUAGACUGGUGCUGCCUCAGGAAGCUGCGCCUCAGGCAGGAGGAGUACAAGGAGCAGCAGAGGUUGGAGGAGGAGGAUGCCGAGCUGACCUCACCGCAAUCCUGCGAGGAGAGCCAGCAGCCUCCAGGAAUGGGUUCACUGGAAGAGACCCAUACGGGGGGCUGCAUGCAAAGACUGAGGGACAUGGUGGAGAACCCCCACUCUGGGCUGCCAGGGAAGAUCUUUGCCUGUCUGUCAGUGAUAUUUGUAGCCAUUACCGCUGUGACGCUGUGUGUCAGCACCAUGCCAGACCUCAGAGAAGAGGAGGAAAGGGGUGAGUGCUCCCAGAGGUGCUAUAACAUCUUUGUGCUGGAGACGGUGUGUGUUGCCUGGUUCUCCCUGGAGUUCCUGCUACGCUUCAUUCAGACCCAGAGCAAGUGUAUGUUCCUGCGCACGCCUCUGAACGUCAUUGACGUGGUGGCCAUCCUUCCCUACUACAUCACCCUCAUUGUGGACUCUCUGUCAGUGGGAGGGAAACCUGCAGGCUCAGGGAACAACUACCUGGAGAAGGUGGGGUUAGUUCUCCGAGUCCUGCGAGCCCUACGGAUCUUUUAUGUGAUGAGGUUGGCCCGCCAUUCCUUAGGCCUGCAGACACUUGGUCUCACAGUGAAGAGGUGUACGCGUGAGUUCGGCCUGUUGCUGCUGUUCCUCUGCGUGGCCAUGGCUCUUUUCUCCCCACUGGUGUUCCUAGCUGAGAGCGAGAUGGGUGCCAAGCAGGAGUUCACUAGCAUCCCUGGUAGCUACUGGUGGGCCGUGAUCUCCAUGACCACGGUCGGCUACGGAGACAUGGUGCCCAGAAGCAUUCCCGGCCAGGUGGUGGCGCUCAGCAGCAUCCUGAGCGGCAUCCUCCUCAUGGCCUUCCCUGUCACGUCCAUCUUUCACACCUUCUCUCGCUCCUACUUGGAGCUGAAGGAGGAACAGAGCCGGGCGUUGAGGCAGAAGCUGGACUUGCAGGACAGCACCAAGUCUCAGAACAGCGAAGACUCUCAGGAGAUGGACAGCUACCACGGCAUCACAGAGGCCGCAGCGUCAACCAUACAGCGAAGGAAGUCCAUGGCUGCUCAGAGGGCUGUUGAGCUAAGAGCGUCCAUGAAAACUUAGCUGCUCUGUCCGUAUGCAUUCAAGUGGCAGCCGAGAAGGCUCUGACACCCAUCACUGAGACUUCAGAGUUGACAAGCUGUGGGAUUGUGAGCUGGGAGGAGAUUUUCUUCUCUGGGGCUCGAUGUCUCUGCUUUGAUCGUGUGAAGUGCUUGUGCACCAGAGUGUAUCUGAGUUUCUAAAGUUUCUGAGAGCAGUUUUUCCCUUAAAUUUGACUUUAAAAGAUGGGUAACAGUACAAUAUUUAUAAUUGAAGAACUGAAGUCAAAUAACAUUUAAAAAAGUGACUGAGACACUGACUGCGAUUCAGACUUGAGAUGAGUCUGUGCAAAAAGGGAAAUCUAAUACCAAAACAUUGUUAUUCAGACCUCAGACUAAUAAUUAAUGUUCCUCAUGCAACUGCAUUUAAGAGCAUUAUCUGAAAUAAAGCUGUUUGCUGAUAUCAUCUCCAUUCACUCUGUAUUGUAUUUGACCAAAUCAAAUAACUUAUUGUACCUGAGGCUCACACAUAUACACAAUGAAGCAGAGCUAAUUAAUCUCCAACAUAACAACACAAGGCUACUUUAGUCUGUCAAAGGGCUGUACAAUCAGUGUUGCUCAGUGGCAAAGGACAAGAGGAUUAGUCCUACAUUCACGUGUCUCCGUUAGACAGCUUCGUCCACUGCACAUGCUGAUGUUUUAAAAAGAAUAAUUAGCAUUUUGGGAAAUAUGCCAAUCUGUCACACAUUGGGACCAGUGACCUGUGGACCAAGUAAUUCUUACAGCGAGGUAUAAUUACAGUUUGAUGUCUGUUCAAAAAGGCAACAGCUUCAGGGCUUUGAAAAAGCAACAGAUCCCAAAUGCCAAAAGUUAAUUCAUUUUACAGUCACACAGGAUUUCCUCAUAUAACUGCGAAUACAGCACUUCAUUUUCUUUUUUGACUUGAGUGCCUUGUACUUUGAAGUGACACAUUUAAAAAACCUAUUUCCCCAAACUGUUGUCAAGUCGGAGCCUACCAAAGCGGCACAAGUGCUUGAGAGUGCAAAUUAGGUUUGGAUAUUUUUAAAUAUCUAAUGUGUGUAAAGUUUGGUCAACUCUGAAUCACAGUCACUAGAUUAACAGAAUCAUUAAAAAGCAUGAACAUAUUACACAGAAUGAUUUAAACUAUUAUAUCUGCAAUAUUUAGGUUUUAAGGAAUGAGAGUACAGCUUUGAUGAGGAACGUGUGGUGCAAUUCGGCAUCAUUCGAAUAGAAACUUUGCGACAUGAAUCCAUAGCCUGAGGAACAGCCUCUUUUGAAAAAUGUAAUAAAGAUUAUAAUGAACACAAUCCCACGUGGAGAGCUUUGAUUUUUACAAUUCAUUAUACACAAGGACAAUGAAAUUUGCAAGAGAGUGCGUGCUAUACUUCUGCACUUAGAACAUCCUAAAUUGGUCCGUCUGUGGCCUGGUUCAUGUUUUUUUCCCCCCACAUCCGUUCUAAAUAAUAAAUGAAUUUUGUUUCCAGUAGUGUUGGUGUUGGCUCAAUGCACUGUGAAUUUGAUAAAUGAUGACACACUAUUAGCACUGCGAGUUGGACCUGGAAGUGAAUUCAACGUAUGGCCGAGAUCUUGAGCAGUUCAUUAUAGACUAAAAUGUCUUCAGCGUAUGUUUCCAGUGCCACGUGUGAAGUCAGUGAGAGAUUAUUUAGAAAGCUGUAGACAGGAGGCAUCUGAUUCUUGUCUCGGGGGUGACGUGUUAACGUUAGCAUAUUAGCUGACAGUUGCCUAUUCUACAUAU